UAUGUCUAUGUUUAUAGGAGCAGCCUGGGCAUAUAUGGUUGUUGUAGCUAUUCUUUUAAAGCCAUUUAAUUAUUCUCAAAAAGACAUAGGAUAUGUGAGUAUUGUCUAUUGUGCUACUGGUACAAUAGGUGGAACUAUUGCAAGCUUGUAUAUUGAUUAUCAGUUAAAAUUAAAUAUCAAGCCUAAUUACGAUAUACUCAAUAAAGCAUUCAUGACAAUUGGAAUGGUAGGAAUACUUAUCAAAGCAUUACUUAUAGAUUAUGUUAAUGAUACAUGGAUUAUCAUAUUCUCAGGUGCUAUUGGUUUUGGAUUAAAUUCAUUUCUACCAUUAGCGAUUUAAUGUUACGUUGAGAAAAUGUUUCCUUGUUUUGAAUUAGUUUUAACUACUGUCAUGAUGUAAGUUUCAAAUGUAUUAUAUUUUUUAAUUCAUAGCUUCUUGGUUUCAUUUUAAAUUAUAUUCUUUUUCUAGAUGUUUUUAAAGAUUGUGGUCUUUGGGUGAUUUUAAUUGUACUGGGUCCAUUUUAUAUUUACAUUAUCUUCUUUUUUAAGACUAAAUUUAGAAGAUUUGAAUCAGAACAAAAUAAAACUUGA